AUGAAGUUUGCGGGUUAUUUCAUCCUGCUGACCUGUGCGGUUCAUGCCCACCUGGUGAUAAAAAGGCAAACCUGCCCGGAGGUGUGCGAUGCACCUCGCUGCCCCGUCCCGCCCCAGGCCUGUUACUACGGGCGGGUGAAGGACGGCUGCGGCUGCUGCGUGGUGUGUGCGACCGGGGAGGGAGAGCCGUGCGGGGAGCGGAGCGACGGACCCUCCUGCGGCGAGGGGCUGCGGUGCGACUCCGCGCCCGCGAGGCGCAGCGGCCUCCGCAGCGCCUGCGUGUGCGCCUCCUCCGGCCCGGUGUGCGGCAGCGACGGCAGGACCUACCCCAGCAUCUGCCGCCUGGCAGCCGAGAACAAGAGAGCGGAGCUCGGCGAGACCCCGCCGGUCAUUCUGCUCCACAGGGGAGAGUGUGACUCUGUAACCCAACAUCCAGGAAGCAUGCGCUACAAGUUCAACUUCAUCGCAGAUGUGGUGGAUAAGAUUGCCCCUGCAGUGGUGCACCUCGAGCUUUUCCAAAGGCUGCCGUUUUCCAAUCAGGACGUGCCGGUGUCGAGUGGUUCGGGGUUCCUCGUGUCGCAGGACGGCUGGAUCGUCACCAGCGCGCACGUGCUCACCAACAAGCAGCGAAUCAAAGUGGAGCUGAAAAGCGGCGUGCAGUACGACGCCACCGUCAAGGACGUGGACCAGAAGAUGGACAUUGCACUCAUCAAAAUUGAGUCAGAUAGUCCCCUGCCCGUGCUGCAUCUCGGCCAGUCGUCCGACCUGCGUCCCGGGGAGUUUGUGGUGGCGGUGGGAAGCCCCUUCUCCCUGCAGAACACCGUCACCACCGGCAUCGUCAGCACCACGCAGCGCAACGGCCUGGAGCUGGGCCUCAAGGACUCCGACAUGGAGUACAUCCAAACAGACACCAUCAUCAAUUACGGCAACUCCGGGGGACCGCUUGUUAACUUGGACGGGGAUGUGAUAGGCAUAAAUACACUGAAGGUGACUGCAGGGAUCUCCUUCGCCAUUCCCGUCAACAGGAUACGGCAGUUCCUUGCUGAAUCCUACGACAGACAAGUCAACGGAAAGGCGCAGCCAAAAAAGAAAUAUAUGGGAGUCCGGAUGCUGCAACUCUCGCCAUCUUUAGUCCGAGAUCUCAAAGACCGAGAGAGGGAUUUUCCAGAUGUGAGCUCUGGGGUUUAUGUUCACGAGGUGAUACCUGGAACUCCUGCAUCCAGCGCUGGCAUGAUCAAUCAUGAUGUGAUCAUCAGCAUCAACGGGCAGCCGAUCCGCACCACACGGGACGUGAGCGAAGCCAUCCAGACCGGCUCCACUUUUUCUGUGGUGGUGCGACGAAACGACAGGGAAGUGACAUUGACCCUCGUUCCUGAGGAGAUUGACUGAUGCAUGAGUAGGUUUAAGUCAGCUGGCCGGAAAGAUACACCCUUUAACACUUUAACAGUAGCACAUAUAGCUAUUGAUCACCUGCUUUCCUGGGUUCCGUUUGGUUGUUUGUUGAUGUAGUUUUUAUGUUCCUUCGGAUCACUAAACAAACGUCACAGAUUUGCCACCACAUGCACAUUCUUACAGUGGGCUCACCUACAAUGGAGUCUGAUAUUAGAAAAUAUUUCGGCACUCUAACUCAUCAACGGUAAAAAUCUGGUUCAGUUCCUCAGAAUUGGAGAUCAAGGGCUUCUUGUGUCAACAUUCCUCAAUCACACAGAGAGAAACCCAUUAUAGGGGAUGUGAAGAUGCCAAAUCCUCUAGUGUCACAUUCUUCAGGCUGCAAGACACGUUAUGGCUUGCGUAAGUGUUCACAAUCACAGACCCUGUUUCACAAACAAGUUGGCUUUCUAGCUAGAUCUGUAUACUGCAUACUGUAUACACCUACUCUGCACUAAAAGCAACAAGUUUGGGCCCUUUCUCUGGCAUUCUGGGAAAUGCAGAAAAUCACCAACUGAAGCGGAAGUAGACUGAAGCAGGUUGAGGAAAAGUGCGAGCACCAAAAAAGUAAAUUACAGUGCUUCUUAAAAUAACACCUGGG